AUGAUGGCCGAAAAUACAGAGCCGGCCAAGACCGAAGACAAGGAAGAAACCGAAUUUUCUGAAUUGGAAACAGUCGAUCGCAUUUCAACACAACAUUCAAUCAAAAACACCCUCAUGCUAGCUUACUCAUCUCUUGGUGCUAUAUAUGGAGAUAUUGGAACUUCGCCCUUAUAUGUUUUGAGCUCUAUCAAGUAUCCAAAUGAUGUGCCCGCUCAGGACGACAUUUAUGGAGCAAUUUCGGCCAUAUUUUACUUUUUCAUCAUUAUUGUCCUUGUGAAAUAUGCUUUAAUAGUUCUCACAUAUGGACCAAAUGAAGGAGAAGGUGGACAAGUAGCUAUAUACGCAAAACUUGCAAGGUCUUUAAGGACUGGGCCAAAAGGCGUCAUUAUUCCUGGGACCCCGGAGAGGUCGGAUGCAGAGUUAUUAAAGAGAACUGAGACAACAACUAGUUUCAUUUCCAGUAACAAAGCUCCUGAAUCUUGGGUUAAGAAACCAGCAGUGGUACAGAAAGUAUCUCUUAUAUCUUUGUUUGGCUGCUUUUUGGGAUGCUCCUUGGUUUUUUCCGAUGGAUUGUUGACUCCAACUACUUCAGUCUUGAGUGCCAUUGCGGGUAUUCAGGUUGCAAAACCAGAUUUCGAUUACGUUUUGGUGGUUUCAGAAAUUGUUAUCAUUUUUCUUUUUUCUAUUCAGCAAUUGGGAUCUCAUAGAAUUUCUCAUUUAUUUGCACCUAUUAUCACCCUUUGGUUGGGCGGUCUCAUUAUUUGUGGCAUUAUAAACAUUACCCAACACCCUGCCAUUUUCAGAGCAUUAUCUCCAUACUAUGCUAUAAAACUUUUCAAGAACGUGGGAAUCGAUGCUCUAGGAGGUGUAAUGUUGGCAAUCACAGGUACGGAGGCGAUGUUUGCUGAUCUUGGACAUUUCGGGAGAGCACCAACACAAAUUGGAAUAAGCUGCGUCUUUAUUUCCUUGAUUAUUACGUACUUGGGCCAAGGUGCCUACUUGGUGAACCACCCCGAGAAUCUUUCUAAUGUUUUCUACCUAUCAAUACCGGGAAAUACUGGCAGUAGUCAGUACUGGGUAAUGUUUGUAUUGGCUACGCUCAGUACAAUCAUCGCAUCACAAGCCUUAAUUCUUGGGGUAUUUAGUAUACUCGCCCAGCUUAUCAAUCUUGAUUGUUUCCCGAAGUUAAAAAUAAAACAUGUCUCAGCCAGCUACGUCGGAAAAGUUUACAUCCCCGUUGCAAACAUAUUGCUACUCAUUGGGGUCUGUGCAACUACUGCUGGAUUUAAGAAUUCCAAUAGGGUUACUGCAGCUUACGGCUUGAGUAUUUCCUUAGACUUUUUGGUGACUUCAAUCCUCAUGAUGAUAUGCAUGACAUAUGUAUAUGAAUGUAAGUGGUAUGUCACCGCUCUAUUUGGCUUGAUUUUUGUUCCGUUGGAGCUCUGCUUGGUGAUUGCAAACAUGAAGAAAGUUCCCCGUGGAGCAUGGUUCCCCUUGAUGAUGUGUGCCAUCUUUUUAAGUUUCCUCCUCUUCUGGAGGUAUUGCCGCGACCGAACUGUUUCUAAGCAACUCUCAUCGAGGGUCAGAUUGACAGAUUUAUAUCCGGACUACAUGAUAAAUGAUGUGGUGGACUUAAGAGAUCACACUUUGAAAGGCUCUGAUGAAGCAACCCCUUCUCUGACUGACAUCGAUCACACAAGCAAUCCGAUUGAUCUGUACCAGAAAGUUCGAACGCGAUUUGGUGUCAUGAAGCGAAAUUUGAUGCCUGGUGCAUGUGUCAUUUACUCAGAUACGCCGCAUCAAGAUAUUGUUUCUCCAAAUACUGUGCCUCAGGUAUACGCAAAGAUCAUAAAUUACUUUGGGUCUAUCCCAGCUUUAGUUGUGUUUUGCAGAAUAAGAGUUCUUUCCAUUCCUACUGUGCCGUCCGAGGAAAGAAUCGUAGCCAGUGCUACAAAAAUUCCAGGACAUCUCAAGUGUGUAAUUCGCUUUGGAUUUAUGGAGGAGGCUCAAAUCAAUGAGGAGAUAGGUACUCAGAUACUUGACGAAUUCAUCACCAUUGAACACCUACAGAAUUACGAAAAUAGUAAAAUUCCCCUUCUCCACGUUUUUGAAAGGAAUGAAAUUAGGGCCAAAGAAUAUGGGGUGGACCAGCAAACCAAAAAUCCUUUAAUUCUGGUUUCGCGAUUUGUGCGGCAGUUAUUGAUCAACCAUGUCUUUGGACCCAUUGACGCAGUUUUUCAGCAUAAUGACCGCUGUGUGUCGUGGCCCAACCAGGGCGACGAUGGGGAAAAGAUAUUUAUCGGAGGAACUACAGUGAUUUGA